UGAAAAGGCCAAAAAGUAACCGUCACUGACAGGGAGUCUUAACUAGAGAAGGAAACGGGACCACACUGGCAGCCUCGGGGAAAGCGCAGCCGGCAGCGUCCCGGACGAGGAGGCAGCUACCUGAAAACUUUUGUUCCUAUGCAUAAAGAUGUCUUUGGUGGACUUAGGAAAGAGGUUGCUAGAAGCAGCAAGAAAAGGCCAAGAAGAUGAAGUGAGAACAUUGAUGGCAAAUGGAGCCCCAUUCACCACAGAUUGGCUUGGAACAUCACCCCUCCACCUUGCAGCCCAGUAUGGUCAUUAUUCCACAGCAGAAGUGCUUCUUCGAGCAGGAGUUAGCAGGGAUGCCCGGACCAAAGUGGACAGGACCCCCUUGCACAUGGCUGCAGCUGAUGGACAUGCGCACAUCGUGGAACUACUUGUUAGGAAUGGUGCAGAUGUGAAUGCCAAGGACAUGCUGAAGAUGACAGCUUUGCAUUGGGCCACAGAGCAUCACCAUCGAGAUGUUGUAGAGUUACUUAUCAAAUAUGGAGCUGAUGUCCAUGCUUUCAGCAAAUUUGAGAAAUCUGCCUUUGACAUAGCCCUGGAGAAAAACAAUGCCGAGAUUUUGGUCAUCCUCCAGGAAGCAAUGCAGAAUCAGGUAAAUGCCAAUCCUGAGAGAGCAAACCCUGUGACUAUGGCUGCUCCAUUCAUCUUCACUUCGGGAGGGGUUGUUAACCUCACAAGCCUUGUUUCUUCAGCCAACACCAAAUCAACCUCAGGUGACCCCCAUGCCUCAACAGUACAGUUCUCAAAUUCUACCACCUCUGUGUUGGCUACCCUUGCAGCUCUUGCUGAGGCAUCAGCCCCCCUUUCCAACUCACACAGAGCCACAGCCAAUUCAGAGGAAAUCAUAGAGGGAAAUUCUGUUGACUCAUCAAUCCAGCAUGUGGUGGGGAGUGGAGGCCAAAGGGUCAUCACUAUAGUGACUGAUGGAGUCCCUCUGGGUAAUAUCCAAACUGCAAUCCCUACUGGAGGCAUUGGCCAGCCAUUUAUUGUAACUAUGCAAGAUGGACAUCAAGUUCUAACAGUACCUGCUGGUCAGGUUGCAGAGGAUACUGUAAUUGAAGAGGAAGAAGAAACAGAGAAGUUGCCACUGAUAAAGAAACCAAGGAUAGAAGAGAUGACAAACAGUAUGGAAGGAAGCAAGGAAGGCAGCGAAAAAGAGCUACUACAGCUGCAACUCCAGGAGGCCAAUCGAAGAGCCCAGGAAUACAGGCACCAGCUCCUUAAGAAAGAGCAGGAGGCAGAACAGUACCGUCUUAAGCUAGAAGCCGUGGCCCGACAGCAGCCCAAUGGAAUUGAUUUUACCGUGGUUGAAGAGGUGGCUGAGAUAGAUGCUGUAGUUGUCACAGAGGUAGUGGAAGAGAGAGAGACAGAAGUGACUGGGUCAGGAGGGACCACAGAACCUCAUACUGGAGUGUCCAUGGAAACUGUUUCAUCUUAAAAUGCAACGGCCACAA